UUGCUGUUAUUAGAAACUUUUCGUUAGGAUGAGAGAUGACUACAAAGAAUCACUUGGCAAGUUUGAUCAGAACGACGAAGAGCUCCAUUGGAAAAGUGAUCUGGUCGGAAGAUAUUCGAUCCUCGAGACAUAUACCUCAGAUACAAGAGACAACCAACCCUAAUAUGUCUUUUGAGAUCUAUCUGUCCCAGAUUGGGGACUUUCAUCGCUAUCAGUUCCUACUGAUGGUGUUCAUCUUCUAUACGACCUUCAUGACUGGAAUCAAUUACUACACGCAAAUUUUCCUCUUCUCCGUCCCACCUCAUGAAUGCAGGAUCCCCUCUUCUUCUUCUUCUUCUGCUCCCUCUUCUUUGUUCCUGCCUGCUUCCACCCUCCUGAACUCCUCUCUUCAGUUCCAAGGCAGUCCGUGGCAAAACUUGGCCCAAUGCCAAUUCCCAACCAAUAUCAGUCUCUCUCACAGCUUGGAGAAUGGAACACCAACGGUCGCUGUGAAAAAGCUCCUUAUGGAUGGUCUCGGCGAUGGCGAUCUGAAGUGGAACCAUUGCACUCAAGGGUGGAACUAUGACACUUCAAAUAUUUUCAUGACCGUGGUAGCUGAGCACGAUUGGGUGUGCGAGAAUGACAACAAGGCAACCAUCAUUACUCAAAUCUUUUGGGUUGGCAAUGUCGUUGGGUGCUUUGUUUGGGGAGCUAUGAACGACAUGAUGGGGCGGAAACCUACGGUUCUCUUUAGUCACGUGGUCUAUUUCCUGGGCGGAAUCGGUACUUACUUCGCUCAUGGGUUUGUGCCCAUUGCGAUUGCUCGUUUCAUGGUGGGAAUGUCUCACCACAUCAUUUCCCACUUACCCUACUUGAUUGCUCUCGAAUACUGUGGUGUCAAGAAACGUGUGAUCCCACUCCUGACCAUGAUGCUGGCCUACUCUCUGGCCUCAGUGACCAUUCCAAUCAUCAGCCACGAGUUGUCUCAUUGGCAUGAGCUCCUCUUCUUGGCCACUUUCCCUAAUUUACUGGUUGUGAUCCUCUUCCCAUGGGUCCCUGAGUCGCCCUCUUGGUUGCUUUGUAACAAUAAGUUCCAGGAAGCGGGCAGGAUCCUCCAACAAGUGGCCAAGAUCAAUGGCACGGACGUCCGACCGGUUCUCAAGGACCUUGAGAGCCAGAUCUCAAAGGCCCGAAGCAUGGAGAAAUCCAGAGUCCAAGAGGAGGGAGAGGGGCGUGAUAGAUCGACUUGGCUCGUCGACGCCUUGCUUACAAACUUCAAUGGUGUCCGCCAUUUUCUCGGCUAUUCCCGACUAUGCCUUCAUCUGGUCAUUUCCAUGGUUAUUAGUGUGGUGGGGUUCAUGUGCUAUUACGGACACGUGGAAAAUACUUCCAAUCUGGGCGGCGAUGGUUUCACCAAAUAUGUGUACGGAGCUGUGGUGGAAAUCCCUGCGUUUUCCGUCCCAUUUCUGGCCAACAAGUUCGGUCGAAAACUCGUGAUCAUGGGCUUGUUUUCCUUCUCGGGCUUGGCCAGUGCACUUUAUGAGGUCUUUCAUCAAGACCAACCCGAAACGGCCUUGGCCUUGGCCUUAUGCGGUCGCAUGUGCUCGUGUGGCGCCUACUACAUCGCUCUCCAGUAUGUGUCCGAACUGAUGCCCACCAUUGUCCGAGGCACAUGCGUGGCUUCCUGCGAGAUUGCGGGCGGCAUUGGACUUUUCAUCUCGCCUCAAAUUGUUUACUUGGGACGCAAUAUGAGGUCGCUUCCGCUCCUGAUUUUCGCUGGCUUGAGCUUUCUCGGCUCUGGGGCGGCAAUGUUUCUCCCUGAAACGGCCGGGCAUUUGCUCCCACAAACUCUCGAGGAUGGAAAUGACUUUGGCAGAGAUCAGAGCUUUUGCAGCUUUCUCAAACCAAGACGUUCAGGCUCCAAAGGCGAUGCACAGGCACAUGAUGGUCCAUUGGAUCAGCAAGAAGAAAUAUCCCUGUAAUCAUCAUUCCAUGCACAGAAAUUGAGUUCUGCGUUAUAUUCAAAUGUCACCGUCUACCAUCAUCAUCCACUCACUCCCUCUGCUACUCAUGUUAUACAUGAACCCGCUUCUCAGUCUUUCAAAUACAGUUACAGUUGGUUCGUUUACGGACUUACACACCGGCCCACAGGUCCAAGUCUCCUGAUCCAGAGCUUGUUGUUCUGUUCCAGAAUUCUUGCAAUACACACGCACACGCCCAUAUCACAAGUUAAAUAUACCGUGUAUAUACAUGCA